AUGGCUGCCAACACUGCAGCUACUUCUCACUUGCCUCCGGUGAAGAGCGUAGUAGUGUACAGGAAUGGUGACCCCUUCUACAGUGGACGGAGGUUUGUGGUGAACCAGCGACAAGUGGCCACUAUGGAGACCUUUUUGAAUGAGGUGACCCAGAGCAUCGGGGCCCCCCUGGCGGUCAGGACCCUGUACACGCCCAGGCACGGCCACAGGGUCGCAGACCUGCAGGACCUGCAGACAGGAGCCCAGUAUGUGGCCGCUGGCUUUGAGAGGUUCAAGAAACUGGAUUACCUGAAUGUAGGAACAAAAAAGCAGCCUGCCAACCGCGAAGAAAUCCAGACAAAAGUCGUCCAGAGGUUGAACGUUUCAGCCAAAUGGAAGGAGUUUAUACCUGUUCCUUGCAUUAUACAUGUUUUCCGUAAUGGAGAUCUCCUGUGUCCUCCGUUCCGGCUCAUCAUUCCUCGCAGCAUGCGGCAGGACCUGGAGAAGAUCCUGAGUCUGAUCACAGAGAAGGUCAGCUUACGGACCGGAGCAGUGCGCAGGUUGUGCUCUUUGGAAGGAGUGGCCGUGUCCUCAGCUGUGGAGCUGCAGACAGGCCACUGCUACGUUGCCGUGGGAACUGAGAGGUUCAAGAAACUUCCAUAUGUGGAACUGUUGGUUUCAAAAGCUACAGAGAGACAUUAUCCUGGGAAGAGGAGACUGCUGAGGAGAGCUCAGAACAUGAAAGCAGGAACAGGCCCAGAAGACCAGUACAGUGACUCGGCACUUCUCGACUCCCCAGAGUCAGAUGGGCGCAGGGUGAAGUCAACGGGGGAUGAAGCUGCAGCUCCAUCAUCCUCACAGCAGAUGAGCAAGAGAGAAGCAGCAGAGGAGACGUUUGCCAGGCCAGAAAAGAUCUCCAAGAACCGAACACAAACUCGACCACCACUCAGCAAUGGAUCUGUUGAGCCCAACAUGUUCAAAGGAGCAGGGCGACAAAGGAGAGAGGAAGUCCAAGGAGCUGAGGAGGUGCAGGAGGAUGAAAACACGGCUACUGAGCUUCCCAUCGACCAGAGAGUUGCAGAAAUAGUGGAGGAAGAAGACUUAAAAAACACAGAGGAUCCUCUGAACAGCACCCAGCAGCCACCACCAUCUGAAGAGGAGCAGGGGUCCACAGCUGAAACACUGGAGGCUGAGCUAAAACAGACAUCUUUGAAGCCAGGUUCUUCAUCACCCCUUUCACAAGGAAAAAUCAGGGAAAAUCAGGAGAACCUUCAGGAAGCUCCAUCAGUCUGAGGAAGACAGAACCAUAAUCAGGUCGCUGCAUCUUCACAGGUUCUCCGCUGAUGGCUGAGUGAUCACGAUACUUCCACAAUGCAACUACAGGAGUGUUUGGCUGAAUCGGUAGUACUUUGAUUGUGGUAAUGAGCCAAAAAACAAUAAUUUGUGUUUUCUUUUUGACAAAUUGUAUGAGUCAGAAAUAUGAACAAGACUCACAGAACCCACCAAAACACUCACCUGAUAUUGCCUUCCUUCAAAGUGCUGUUUGUUGUAAUUGUGUUCAUCUUGUUCAGUGGGAAUAAUACUGAUGUUGACACUGUGCAGAUGCCUAACACUGACAUUUAUUCAAUAUGUGUACAUAAGAAACCCGAUUUUAGGCUGGUUUAGUCUGUCUGGCAAAAGCCUGUGUUGGAGAAACAUAACAGAUGAAGAGUUGCUUAGCCAACAAUUUAUUACUUAAAUAUGAGCAACAACACAGGGACAGAUUAAAACAUUGUCAAAGGCAUCUG